GCUCCCACGGGACCUCAGAACUGAGGGCAGCCACACACACCAAGUCCGGGGACGGUGACCAGGGGGCUGCCAGGCAGUGUGAGAAGCUCCUGGAGCUGGCCCGGGUGAGGUUGCCUCAGGGAAGUGCAGGAGGUGCUGCUCCAAGGGAGGCGAGGCAUCUGCUCCCAGCAGGGAGCUGACUUUUCCAGCCUUUGUGUGUCCCUGGGGACCUUUGUCUAAGACUUUACCCCGGGUGUCAUUGAGACCCAUUUCUCAGUGGCCAGCCCUGGUGGCACCAGUGAGUCACAGUGCUGAGCCAUGUCAUAGGGUGCAGUGCCUGUGUGACAGUGCCCUGCUGGAGCAGUGGCGGGUCUGUGGCCCAGGCUGGUCGCCACCCUGUAGAGGGAGUUGUUGACAGAGGCUCUCAGGCUCCCAACCCCAGCUCAGCAUGUAGCAAGGACCACCGAGCGCCAGCCUGGUUCCCUAUGAGGGGCUCACCCCGGGCAUCCUGCCGCCAUGGAGAGUGUGCUCGGUGGGUGGGACACAGAUGUGGCUGCAUCACAGAGCAUCUUGGGAAGUGAGGGGCUCUCAGAGAUAAAGUCCACGUCUUGGGGAAGAGCAUUUUCCAGACCGGCAGAGCAAGCAGCCGGGAAAGGCCCUGAGAAGAACACGUCCUUGGCGGUUUGGGAGGAUGACCCCGGGGGGCUCGUGAGUUUUGUAAGCCCAUAGCUUUCCCUGUGCGAGGCUUGGGGCAUUGCAGGGACGUGGGCAGGGGAGAGGUCGACCACUAGCUAAGACCAGACCUCAGGGGACAAAGUUGGGCUCAGGGAGACUACAGAGGCUGUGACAGCCCCCCACGGGAUGGUGGUGGUACAGAGCAGGGGCGGCAGCGAGGGGAUGGAACACGCAGGGAAGGUGCAUGCAGGGUGCCCCUUGGGCUUGACCUCAGGAACCGGAGGCCUGGCCUUGCCAUCCACAGAGAUGGGAACGGGGAGCAGGCUUUUCCAGGUGGGGGCGCUGGAAGCUGUCUUGGCAGGGGUGGAAUUGGGGUGCUCAUCUGAGGAUACAUGGCGAUGUCAGGCUACCAGACCCUGGGGGAGGAGUACGUCAGCAUCAUCCAGGUGGACCCAUCUCAGACACAUGUGCCCUCCUCGCUGCGCCGUGGCGUGCUGGUGACACUGCAGGCCGUCCUGCCCUACCUGCUGGACAAGGCCCUGCUCCCCCUGGAGCAGGAGCUGCAGGCUGACUCCGACAGUGGGCGACCCUCGCAGGGGAGUCUGGUGCCAGGUGGGCGUGGCUGCUCAGGGGCGCGGCGCUGGAUGCGUCACCACACGGCCACGCUGACUGAGCAGCAGAGGAGGGCGCUGCUACGGGCGGUCUUCGUCCUCAGACAGGGCCUCGCCUGCCUCCAGCGGCUACAUGUUGCCUGGUUUUACAUCCACGGUGUCUUCUAUCACCUGGCCAAGAGGCUUACGGGGAUCACGUACCUCCGUGUCCGCAGCCUGCCCGGAGAGGACCUGAGGGCCCGUGUUAGCUACAGGCUGCUGGGGGUGGUCUCGCUGCUGCACCUGGUGCUGUCCGUGGGGCUGCAGCUGUACGGUUUCAGGCAGCGGCAGCGAGCCAAGAAGGAGUGGAGGCUGCACCGCGGCUUGUCUCACCGCAGGGCCUCCUUGGAGGAGAGGGCCGUUUCCAGAAACCCCCUGUGCACCCUGUGCCUGGAGGAGCGCAGGCAUCCAACAGCCACGCCCUGCGGCCACCUGUUCUGCUGGGAGUGCAUCACCGCGUGGUGCAGCAGCAAGGCGGAGUGUCCCCUCUGCCGGGAGAAAUUCCCUCCCCAAAAGCUCAUCUACCUUCGGCACUACCGCUGAGCCGGCGCCCGGGUGGGCCUGGACACAGAUGACUUCUACAGGAGUCUCAAUGCCAAGAUUUAGUCUCAGGAUUAACCUUGCUUGCACAGAAGUUAGAACACUCAGUUUUUUGUCAUGUAAGAUACUAACCCAGCCACCCCGGGAGAGAACAGAAAGCUGUCCCUGGGAGGGGCGCCUGAACCCAGAAUAUUUCCCUAACCCCAACGUGGUAGGACUCAGCCGCUUCUUCAGGAAUUUCACUUAUUUGGACAGGAUUUUUAGGUUUCCCUCCCUUCCCCAAACCAUACAGUUGAGAAGUAAUUCAGAAGUAGGCCAGAAGACACUUUAUUCAUUUAUAUUGUGAGAAAAUGGUUCCAUCAGGCUUGUGUUAAGGCAAUGGACUGAAUGAGUGCGUGUUGAGUUGGGAUGGGCUACGGGAGGCUGGCGGUUUGCUUCAGCCAGUGUGGUCGGAACAGCAGCCCCACGGCCCCCAUCGGAGGCAGUGGUGCUCUCCCCGAGGGUAGCUGGGCAGAGCACAUCCACCAGGACUUGAUGACCACACAGGGGCAGAGAGAAACCAACCAAGGCCAGCACCUCUGUUGGAAGCAUUUGGCACACACCUUCAAUACACGUCAACGUUGCUUCCAGUUUUAGAAAAUAGAAAUCUGCAUCUCAGCCUGAGACACACAGAGAGAUCUCCUCCUGACCCAAACGCACUCAAGAGCCAGGUACUGGGGGUCAGGGGGCUGCCAGGGGCGCCCGAGCCGUCUCCUGGGGGCCUGCUGGGCAGGUGACCUGCCGACCCACGGUAACUGCUGUGUUCAGCCCCUCAGCUCGGCCCCAGCCUAUUUCCUGCCUCCAUUUGACGUUUCCAGGUUUUCAAAACUGCAUGUAACCUGUGCCAGAGACUUCGCCGUAGGCAUCUUUAAUAAACUAACUCCACCAAAA